AUGAGGAGAAAAUCAUUAACUAACAGCGAGUCUAGCGAUUAUGAUGAAUAUAUGGAAUCGAGUGACCUGGAUCCGUUUGACUCAAGUGAUGAGAGACACGAUGAAAGAAUCAGCGAAGGAAACAUCAAGAAAAUAAAUGAGUACAUUGAAAAGCUAGACAUAUUGAACAACAAACUGGAUUUAAAAAUAAAGCUAAAUCAGCAGAAUGAAAAAGAAAAUCUUGUAAAGAACAUUGAUAAUAUAAAUAUAUACAUAAAGAAACAUUUAUCCUUUAAGAACAGACUGAAUGGAAUUAAUAAUUCCCUCAAGGAAAAGUGUAACUAUGAUGCGUUUUCAAAAAUAGAAAAGGUUUAUAAAACCAUAUCCAAUGUAAAUUCGUCUUAUGAGUAUAUCACUUUAAAAAUUCAGGUACAAGAUUAUGUGAAGCGAGUUGAAACUUGCAUUAGAACAAAUCACAUGGACGCUAUUUAUCCCUUAAGCCAGUUUUUGAAGUUAAGAAGAUACAUAUACAAAUAUGGUAGAAGUGGAUCAAGUGAGAGGGAAGGGUCAAACAGCUAUAUCCACCUGAACAAUCCUAACCGUGCAAAGGGAGCGAGUACUCUUAUGCACAGCGAAGACACAGUUAUUGAAAACGACGUGAUUGACUAUGUCAAGUAUAAGGAAAAACAAUUUUCUGAAAAUCAACCUGAACAACAGAACCAUGCUCAUGCAGAGGCAUACAAGCAGAUAUAUCAAACUGAGAAAGGAAGUAUAAAUCUUCUGAACUCUUAUUACGACCAUGUUAGGGGUCUUCUCGAGGAAGAAAUUUGCGAGUGCAUAAAAUCUAAGGACAUGAAUACCAUAAAAUUAAAGAUAAACCUUUACAUGAGCAUUUUCCAUAAUCGAGGGGAAGAAGACUCAUUUGUGGUUCAGAAAGGCAGAAGUGUGGAUAUACGAAAGUCCAAUAAGGUUUGUAGUGGUGUUGCUGGUAACAAUGGUGAGGAUCGUGAUAUGGGCUCUGGUGAGGAUCGUGAUAAGGGAUCUGGUGAGGACCGUGAUAUUGGCUCUGGUGAGGACCGUGAUGGGGGCCCUGAUGAGGACCGUGAUGAGGGCCCAGAUGAGGACCUUAAUGAUGGACAGGUGAGGAAAGGAAACCCUAUAACGGAGGUGCAGGGCCAUGAAUGUCCAAAAACUUCGGCUGAAGAGAAGUUGCUUCAUUUUGAUGAAUACUUAUUCAUAUGCCACGUCGUGAUGUCGUUGGUAGAACUGGAAGUGAAUAAACAACUAGACUUGCUAAGGAGACAAGUAGUAAGCAAAGAAGACAAUGUAUAUAUCGAAUGCAUAAAAGGGACAUAUGCAUGUCUGUAUAGAUAUAACAAAUUUUUUGAAAGUUUAGUUGAAGAUCAUAUAGUAUAUAUUAUUUACAACAGAAAAGUAGAAUUAAUUUUUAACAAUGUGAUAAAAGCAAUAUACACAAGUUUUUUCAAUGAGAUUGAAUUAUUACAUAUUGAUAGUUAUGAUGAAUUAAAAAAUUUUGAUAAAAAUGUUGAAACCUUGUCAUUAUUAUGCUAUAAUUUUCAGAAUAUAAAAAAGUUUAUCAACAAUUUAGCAGAGUUGAAAUUUCAAAACAUAAUUCGUACCUUUGAUUUUGUCAAUUUUAUAAAUAAAGAUAUGUUUUCUGAACAGUCAGGCUUAUAUAAAAAUUUACCCUAUAUAAAUUUUAUUCAAAAUUGUAUAUGCGCUUAUAUUGAUAAUGAAAUAAUUUUUAUAAAACAUUGUGUAGACAAAGCUUUUGUUUUGAGUGAUGAUAUUAUGUUAUCCUUAAUUGAUGAUGAAAAAAAUAAUAAGAAUACAGAUUUUGAAAAGUUUCAUGAUAAUAUUAUUAAUUUUGAAAACAUAAUGAUGAAUAAUAGUAACGAAUACACGUCUACCUUUCUGGAUGAUGCUUUUUUUAUUUUUCAAAAAUCUGUUUGUAGGAGUAUAAAUAUGAAUGAUAUUAACACUAUUUGUGUUUUGGUUAAUCACAUAAUGUUAUUUUUCUCCACCACCUUGAAAUCAUAUCUGUGUGACAAUUUGAAAAUAAGCAAAAAUAUAUACGCCUCGUUCAUUCAUGAUAGUAUACAUAUGAAGCAAUUUUCAUUCACAUCCCUGAUUAAAAGUAUUGAUGAUACAAACUACAUUGAUGAAGGUCAGGGAGGGAACAGAACUGUAACCCUAGCACAGAAUUUAACUAGCUCGUUAAGUUAUGUGCAUAAUGAGAAUUACAAUUCUCAGGGAAGAACAAACCAUAUAGAUGGACCCAGUAAUGAACGCAUCUACAAUGGAACGAAUUGGAACGGAUUCCAUCGUAAUGAUUCCAUGAAGAAUGAUUUAAGUCAGAUUAAUGAGGGAAAGAGUAAGGAAAAAAGUAUAUAUGAAUAUUUGACAGUGGAGCAUUACGAAAGUAUAUUCAAUCCCUUGUCAGAAAAAAAAGGCAAUUUAGAAAAUCAAGCGAUUAAUUCAAAAUUUAGUUAUCCACAUUGUGUAAACAAUAUAGAUUCGUGCUAUCAGUAUAUUCAAAAUUUUAAAAUUUUUAUUAAUGAUUAUUUUAAAGAAAAAUUUUUAAAAAAUAAAAAAAAAAAAAAAAAAAAAAAAGAUACACAAAAUUAUAUACUAAUGUUUAAUAAUUCUUUCGCAAAUUAUGAUAAUUUGUUAAAAGAUUUUGAAAAGUUAAAUGUAGAAAAUUGUAAAAAUUUAUUAAACAUUUUAAAGGUUCAUUUUAUUAGCCAAUUGGUUGUAAUUGAGACUGUCAACUUUGAUAUAUCAAAUGAAGAGUAUGCAUACUACCAGUUGAACGAUCCUUACAUUAACAAUUUAAUCAAUCGGAUGAAGUUAAUAGUUUAUCACAUUUCCUUAUAUUUUAAUCAAAAUAUUUUUCACACAGCUGUCAACCUUUUGGCUGAGAAGAUUUGCAAAUACAUUGAACGGAUAGUGCACACUAAAAAAUUCAGCCUUUACGGGUGUGUGCAAAUAGAUAACGACAUAAGAAGCCUGAUGCUAUUUUUUACAUCCCUCACGAAUAUCAACGUAAAGAAGGAAUUUUCUAAACUACUUGAAAUAUGCGAACUGUUAAAUAUAAGUGAUUUGCAAGACUUCAAAGAUUUCUAUGAUGAGAAUAAAAACAACUUGAGCACAAACGAAAUUGAAAAUAUCAUUUCACUUCGCAAUGACAUUUCAAAGGAGUUGCUAGAAUCUAUUAAGUUGUGCAUGCAUUCGAAUCCACGUUACUCUGCACAUGAACUAUGA